AUGUCUGUUGUAGCUCUGCAUUUGAGGAUUAUAGUUCACUACUACAGCAUUUUACCAUCGCUUCUGCAGUAGUUGGAUGGAGCUGAAGUUAGUUUACCCUGCUAACGCUUAAACCGGAAGUAAUCGCGACUCUUUGUGAAAAGGGCCCAUAAGAUUGUACGCCCCUAUUAUAAGCCGUUUAACUUAUUAUGAACACUUUUAUUUAAGAUGACGAAUAAGCACACAUAGCGACAUUUCUGGCCUCAUUCCUUCUGUAAAGGAAAAUGCGGGGAAACUAGAUAAAUAUGUGAUGGGGGAACUUUUGACCAAUAGGGGGAUUUAUCAGAGGCAUCUGGCAACCUGAUUCAUGGACAAUUGCAAACCGCCCGUGUCAGUUCAUCCAGCUUUACUGGGCACUUCCAGUAUUCACUCAGUCACAAUGGAUAAAACAUUCGUGCUGCACUCUGAUAAAGCAGAGGACGUUGCUACGUCUUCAAGCUUCCGUCAGUUCAAGAUAGAACACUUUAAUUUGGCUUUAAAAGUUGAUUUCGAAAAGAAAUGCUUAUCGGGAACUGUAACGCUGCGUAUACAGUGCAUUCGGGAUUCUCAGAGUGAGCUGCUCUUUGACAUUCAUCCGACACUAAAUCUACAUGAUGUGUCGUUUAGUCGUAAUGACCAGGAAUGGACCAUAGUCGAAUUCCUCACUCGGGAAUUUACAAGUUAUGGCACCACACUGGUGGUAAAAUUUCCGUUCCUUUGGAAUUCAGAGGAUAAAUUUCUGCUUGCCGUCAAGUAUGAAGCUUUUGAUGGACCAGGGGUGUGCUGGCUGGACCAGGAGCAGACUGCAGGAAAGCUCAAGCCAUAUGUCUUUACCCAAGGCCAGGCUGUGCUCAACCGCUCCUUCUUCCCUUGCUUUGACACUCCAGCUGUAAAGAGCACCUAUUCUGCAGCAGUGGAGGUGCCUGAUGGCUUCACAGCAGUUAUGAGUGCCACCAAAUGGAAGCACAGGAAAACAGACAACACCUUCCUGUUCAGCAUGGAGCAGCCCAUUCCUGCCUAUUUGGUGGCAUUGGCUGUUGGGGAUUUGGUUUCUGCUGAAGUAGGUCCAAGGUCGCGGGUAUGGACUGAACCAUGCUUUUUGGAGGCUGCCAAGAAGGAGUAUGAUGGCGUGAUUGAGGAAUUUCUGUUAGUAGGAGAAAAGCUCUUCGGACCCUAUGUUUGGGGAAGGUAUGACGUGCUGUUCAUGCCUCCAUCGUUCCCCUUUGGAGGGAUGGAGAAUCCCUGCCUGACCUUUGUCACUCCAUGUCUGCUAGCAGGGGACCGUUCCCUUGCAGAUGUCAUCAUCCAUGAGAUCUGCCACAGCUGGUUCGGAAACUUGGUCACUAAUGCUAACUGGGGAGAUUUCUGGCUCAAUGAAGGCUUCACUAUGUAUGCCCAACGCAGAGUCUGUAAAGAGCUAUAUGUUCAAAUCUCAAUGUCAGGGGAGGCCUAUACCUGUCUAGAAACGGCAACAGGUAGAGCUUUACUAAGACAACACAUGGACAACACUGGAGAAGACCACCCUCUUAACAAACUGCGUGUCAAGAUUGAGCCUGGUGUUGAUCCUGAUGACACGUACAACGAAACUCCCUAUGAGAAAGGAUUCUGUUUUGUGUCCUACCUGGCCCACCUUACAGGGGACCAAAGCUGCUUCGAUGCUUUCCUUAAGGCGUAUGUUGACAAGUUUAAGUUCCACAGUGUGAUUGCUGAGGACACUCUAGAGUUCUACCUUGAGUAUUUCCCUGACUUGAAGAAAAAGAGUGUCCACAAGAUUGAAGGAUUGGAGUUUAAUAGCUGGCUGAACGUUCCUGGUUGGCCCCCAUAUCUCCCUGACCUCUCAGCUGGCCAGACUCUGAUGAAGCCAGCUGACCAGCUAGCUGAACUCUGGGGGGAAGACAGUGUAGACAUUACUACCAUCAGUAAGAUUGAUGUAGAACCAUGGAAGACAUAUCAAACUGUCUAUUUUUUGGACAAGAUCCUUGAGAAAUCUCCACUCCCUAAUGGUAAUCUCAAAAUGCUAGAGGAGCAAUACCCACACAUUGUGAAGUCCAAGAAUGCUGAGCUAAGACUACGCUGGGCUCAGAUUGUUGCAAAGAACCAACACAAACCUGGAUAUCAACAUGUACGCAGUUUCCUCAGCUGGCAGGGGAAACAGAAGUACACAUUACCUGUGUAUCGGGCUCUUUGGAACGGAACAGAGGAGACAAAGGCUCUGGCUACAGAGAUUUUCUCUGCCACUUCCCAUCAGCUCCAUGUUAAUGUUCGCAAUUAUGUGAAAAAGAUAAUGGUUUGAGUAAUGUCUUUCAGUUAAAUAAGUAGAACCUCAUUAAUCUGUUUUAAUUAUAAAGAGGAACUUCACCAAUUAUGCAAAAAUAUUUAAUCAUUCAAUGGUUUAGAUGUAAACAAACCAUUCAGAGUGGUUUGGUGUGAAAUGCUCCUAGAGAAAUUUACUGAGUCAGAAUUGUUCACUAUUACCAGACAUCCGAAGCUUUUAAUGGCUCUAGAAGCUACAUCCCAUUAAGUUAUUACACAAAAUGGUUAUAAAUACAUUGAUACCUGAGACAUUGUUUUGUGAUAGUUUUGUUAUAAAGUUUUGGCCUAAACAUAUUUUUAGUAUAAACUAUUACUCCAGGAUUACAUCCGUUUCCCCUCAAAACAGCAUUUUCAACUGAGAUCAAUACACGUGAGCUAAUGUGCUUUUGUUGUUACUAGCCAGUAGCUAUGAGAAGGGUCUGACUGCAGAGCUGCAGAUAUACAUGCACAGUUUCAUUCCAGCGGUUUCAGGCCAGUGGAACGCAUGCGCAGUAGGACAGCACGAUUGUUCCAUGUAAACAAAGCCCUUAUAGGAAAGUUGAGUGUUAGAAGUGUUUACAUUCAAAUUUUAACCAAUGGCCAGUCUCCUCAUUUGUAAGGUCUCUGACGUGAACAGUGACUUUGUGCUGGUUGUAUGUGUCACCAUGCAUAUUACCAUUCAGGAAGGGAUAUCAUUGCCAAUUAUACAAAUCAACCACUGCUAACAGGCUAAAUCAUAAGCCAAAACACAUUACAAAACCAUCAGAAACAAAAAGAAACACUUAAUGGUUUCUAUAUGUUUUUUCAGCAGGGAUUUGUUCAAAAUCUAAAGUUUGUUUUAGCCUAAAGCUUUAUGCUCAGUUUAAGCAUACUUAAGGUAAAGUUUUAUUCCUGCACAUGUAAUGUAAGUGUACACAUAAAGCCCCCGUAUUAAGUGUAAGUUAAAUGAGCUAUAUGUCUCCCUAACCCGUUAGUUUACCCAGGCCACAUCAACUGUAGUUAGUGUAAUAUUUACCCUGUGAAUCUCUAUAUGCAUUCAAACCAAAGUUUGUUUUAGCCUAAAGCUUAAUAUAUAACGUUAGCCCAACAACAAAUUUCACAUAUUUAUUGGAAACCCACAUAAAAUUAAUGAAAUGUUGAUUAGCCUAAAACUUGCUAAGAAAAACCAAAAAAGGGUUGAAUGCCACUGGCUUGAACCUACUGGAGUGAAACUGGAGAACUUGUACAAAGGAGAAUUACGACUCUGUAAUGUCUUCCGGGUUUCUCAAACGCCAGAGGGAGCUCCCGAGCAAGUCCAAAAUAAAUGGGUUAAGAUGGAGCAUUUGAGCAAAAUCAUAGUUUAUAAAUGCUUAAACACUUUUAAUGUAAAAGAAUACAACCAUUUCCUCAACCUGUUAUAUUUUUAAGAGCUUUUAAACACGAGUUAUUGGAGUUUAAAAUACCACCUCAUGUACAUCUAUGAUGUCAGUGAGCACGAACAGUCAAUGAGCUGCUCUGAUGAUUUAUUUCACUCACAAAUGUUUUUUACCUUGAUUCCAAUUUCUGUGGUGGAAAAUACAACCGAGAGAACAGCAGUUUUCUUUAGCAGCCAGCAUUUGAAGAAAUCCACUUUGCAUUCUGUCACUGGUCUUGACACUGCAAACACAGUUACGUUGUGACAACGUUGUGACAACCUACUGUUCUGGUGCCCACAACGUUGUCUACUUGCUGUUCUCUACGUUGUCACAACGUAGAAAUGUAAUUUCUCAUAAAGUUGUAACAACGUUGUCUGACAAUUUAAUCCUGUCCAAAUUGGGUUUACAUUGUGAAUGGAACUCCAUGGAAUUUUGCUAAGUUGCCAAAAGGUAGUUUGAAUACCAUCUGACAACCUUACUGAAUAAUGAGGUUGUGACAACAUUGUGACAACCUUAUUCAGACAACGUAAACAGCACCACCUUUUGACAACGUUGUAAGAAAGUAGACAACGUUGCGACAACGUUGUGUGUAGCUUCAAAACAAUAAAACACAACUUCAGGAUGUCUGGUACUUGUAACGGCAACCGAAUAAAACACUACAUACUGUUUUUUCUCCAUUUAUUUUUGCAUCCUGGUACAGUGCAGUUCAUCACCACUCUGAACAGUUAACCAGCAGGGUGCAACUGUGAUCUAUCGCAGCUCCUCUGAUGAAUAGUCACGUAAGCCAUGACUUUUGCUGACACUGUGCGAUGCGACGCUGCCUACUCAAACAACACAAAACGCAUGCAGGUCGGAGAGGUACAUGCAGGGCAUUGUGAGGAGAAAAUAGAGCCCAAAAAUAUAUUUUACCAUUAUCAGCAUUACAUACAAAACCUUAUAAGACACGUGUAAGUUCACUGGUCAUUUUGGAUAGCAGAUAAAAUGGUGAUAUUUGUAGUGUACACAUACGGAUGUCUGGUUCCUAGUACUAUAAUGGUGAACAAUUCUGACUGUAAAUUUCUUUAGAGGGGUGCAUUUCACACCAAACCACUCUGAAUGGCUUUGUUUACAUCCAAACCACUAAAUGAUUAAGUAGCCUAAUUUUGCUAAAUCGGUGGAGUUCCCCUUUAAAGGAUGUUGUUAUUUGAUCGCUUUUCUUACAUAUUUCUUAUGUUCAUACUGAUUAUGAAGAUUAGGGAUUUGUUUACCUACUUUUUCAAUAUAGUUUGACUUUUCUAAAGUGCUUGCCUUGUUCUUUCUUAAUUUUGACAACUAAUAAAAGCAAAGAUCAUAAUA